AUGUCAUCCGAUUCCAAUGCGCCCUCUGAACUUUCAAAUCUGCCCGAGAGAUGCAUUCACUCUCCCAGUGAGAAACGUCUGUGGUGUCAUUUCGUCAACGUCACGUGUCAUGUGUUGACUCUGCCAUUCGAUGGAGGCUAUGACCCCAUCAUGUCGGGCAUCAUCUCGAAGGCCUUACACGACACAAUGGUACUGAAUGCCAUUCUGUGCUUAGGGGCAUCACAUCUGAUCAAUCAGUUCCAAGCGGGAUCAUCCGAAGUAAAAGGGUUGAUGGGAAGCAAAAAGAGUCUCCUGAGGGGAGCGCAACAAGAACUAGCCACAAGGGUCCUCGCCCUACGGUCGCCAAAAGGAACAACGGCAGACGAGAGUGCGGAAUACGAGGCACUCCUCACGGCCUAUCUUUUACUUUACCUGUACGAAAUCUCAGAAGGCACCGGGGACCACUCAUGGAAAGCUCGAUUAGAUGAUGCAAGAUCGUUUGUGUAUGGCGUGCUACAGAAACAUCGAAGUCCGAGUGAAUCGGGUUCUCGACCAGAGUCAGAAAAUGAUGAAAUUCAAACACUUUCCUGUGAAGACUUCGAGUGCCUAGGAAUCGAUAUAUUUCUGAUGCAGUUCUUUUCAUAUCAUGACAUUCUUGGAAGCGUGACCAACAACCACAAAAGCUCCAACCGAAGUCAGAGAAUGGAUGGUUUAAUAUCAUUACAAGCUUUCCAGACCGAUUAUUUUGAUCACGAAUACAUGCUAGGACUGCACCAUGGACUACUUGAGAUCACCUCGCGCGUCCAUACUCUACAAUUGGAUACUUCAGAUUCUACAGUCCCCAGACAUGAGAUUAUAACACGAGCUGUUAAUAUUUGGCAAGAUGUUAGUGAGUGGACCGUGCCUGAAUUUGACUCGGACCUCCGUCAUAUGUACGAAGCCUACAUUGCCGCUAUAUCUAUUUGGGUCUUGUCGAUCAUACAUCCUGGCGAUGUUGCAAAGGACAAGGUCCAAACCAUGGUCGCCAGAGGCCUCAUUAGCCUGUCAUUAUUGGAAGGAUUUGAGUUACAAACCGUUUCACUUUUACCGUUUUUCGUCAUCGGACUUGGUUGCAUACAUCAGCAAGAUAGAGAGGCGUUUGAGAGGCAACUCUGGCGGCUCGAGAUAGCUCGGUGCUUGGGGUACAUUCGCAUUUGUAGGGGGAAGAUUCGAAAGGCAUGGCAGGAUUAUGAUGGAGGAAACAAUAGAUCAUGGGAUUGGAAUUGUAUAUCGCAAGCGGAUGGCCUAAGCCUGCCGCUCGCAUGA